GCGAGCAGGCGGAGAGACGGAAGAGAGGAGGAGGUGGAUAUUAUACUUCUCCAGGUUUCGGGGGACUGCACCGCAUUCCAGCCCGGAGCGCAGCGCUCAGGAGUCGGACCCGGUGCGCUCCGUCUCCCCGGUUCCUCCCCCCCUGGAUCUCUCCUCCGCUGGUUGUUUUCUCUGCUACACCGGGACAUGCAUAAUGCACCGUGAGAGCUUUGAUUCCGAGCUCGAGAGAUAAACACGGAACACAUCGCGCGCGUUUUCUUUUUGCUUUUUUGGGGGAUUUAAAGCUCUUCUUUGGCUGCGACCAUGGUGCAUGCAUGGUGGAUGUUUGUCGGCGCUCUGACUGGGAUCCUCACCGGCUCCACUCCGAUACACGGAGCUUGUGUCUUCGAGGGAUCGCUGUAUGCGAACAACACAUCAUGGAGACCGCAGUCGUGUCAGGAGUGUGCCUGCCACAGCGACGUGGCCAUCUGCAGGCCCAGCCACUGCCCCAACCCACAGUGUGACUUCCAGAGGGGCGAGCGUUUGAGGAUCCCUGCCAACAAGUGCUGUCCGGAAUGCAUCUCCUCGUCCCCGGGUUCCUGCCAGUACGAAGGAGAUGUUUAUGGACACGACAGCCAGUGGAGUCCCUCGCCCUGUUCGCUGUGUGUCUGCUCCAGAGGGAGUGUGUCCUGCAGCGCUCGGCCCUGCCCCCCCCUCAGCUGUCCCGGGGACCAGAGCCCGUUCGUCCCGGCUGGAGAGUGCUGCCCCAAGUGUGGCCGCAAGGGAGGGUCUUGCACCUGGCAGGUGACGGCCUACAGAGACGGUGAAGAGUGGGCGCCGAGCCUCUGCUCCAGAUGUGUCUGCAGUGACGGGGAGGUCCAGUGUUCGGUGGCAGAGUGUCAGCAAGUGGCCUGCAAACCGCAUGAGAACUUGGUGAUCCAGCCGGGCCGCUGCUGUCCUCAGUGUGUGUCCAACCCCUGUCUGUCUGCUGGUAAACAGCACCAGCAUGGUGAGCAGUGGCAGAAGAACGCCUGCACCACAUGUGUGUGUGACCGGGGUCAGUCUAAAUGCCACACACACACCUGUCGGCCUGUCACCUGCGAGAAGGGUCAGACCAAAGUGAAGCGAGCGGGUCAGUGCUGUGACGGAUGCGCCGCCGCCAAAGGAAGCUGCCCGUACGAGGACGCCGUGCGCUACCACGGAGACAUGUGGAACGGCACGGGCUGCGAGUUCUGCACCUGCAACCGAGGUCAGGUCGUCUGCCAGAGGGCCGAGUGUGGACGCGUGGAAUGCCCGCAGGGAUCUGAGCUCGUUCACCUCCCGGGAAGGUGCUGCCCGGAGUGUUCCUCUGAGGAACCUUCCUGUUUGCACGAGGGGGAAUCCUACAAGGACCUGGCUCGAUGGUCGGAUAGCGGUUGUCGGGAGUGUGAAUGCCGCCGCGCUCAGGUGACCUGUUACCUGCGCUCCUGCCCCACCUGCCCGCCGGGCACCCUGGUCGUCACCCGGGAGGGCCGGUGCUGCCCCGAGUGUCACCAAGUCCAGUGCCAUGCAGACUGCCUGUCGUGCUCGGGGUCUCCCGACCAAUGUGAGAGCUGCAGGGACCCGAAGGCCGUCCUCCAUCUGGGCCGCUGUCUGUCCGUCUGUCCAGCCGGCUACUACGCCGACGGACGAGUGUGUGCAGCCUGCCAGUCAUCCUGUGCCUCCUGCUCCAGCGGGUGGGACUGCCGGUCCUGCGGCUCCCGGCUGCCCCUGCUGAGUGCCGAUAGCGGCGAGUGCCUGGCCUCCUGUCCUCCUGGUUCCUACCGGCACGACGACGCGCACUGUCGCAGCUGUGACGGGUCCUGCUCAGAGUGCCGCGGGCCGACCCAGCAGGAGUGCGUGUCGUGUUCGGACCCGGCUGCCUUGCUCAAAGACGGGGAAUGUGUUCCCGACUGUGGCGCCGGCUUCUACAGUCAAGAAGACGUCUGCUACGCCUGUGAUUCGUCCUGUGCCUCCUGUUUCCCUGACAACCCCAUGUGCAUGAGCUGUCUGCCGGGGACCGCCUUGCAUCAUGGGAAGUGUAUUUCCCAGUGUCCAGCUCAGCAUUACCUGGACAGCCACAGCAGAUGCAGAGCCUGCCACAGCUCCUGCGCCUCCUGUUGGGGCUCCUCGGUAUCCCAGUGUACCUCGUGUCCAGGUGGGCUCCUGCUCCACCAGGGCCAGUGUGUGGAGGCCUGUGGGGAGGGGCUCUACUCCCAGGACGACACCUGCCACAAUUGUCACCCCUCCUGUCGCUCCUGCGUGGGACCGCUGGCCUCGGACUGCGUCCAAUGUCCGAAACCAGCGGAGGCCCUCCUGCUGCAGUCCGCUCACCUGCAGCACGGCGUCUGCACGUCCGGGUGUCCUGCACGCAGCUUCCCGGACUACAUGCAUACAUGCAGAGAGUGUCAUCCCUCCUGCUGGCACUGUACCGGUUCAUCUGCAGACAACUGUACAGCCUGUCUCUCCCCGUCCUGCUUGCACGAGGGCCGCUGUGUCCCCACCAGCCCACAAGGCUUCUUCAUCCAGAGCAACCUGUGCGAAGCAUGCCACCCGUCCUGCCAGACCUGCUCCGGUCCCUCCCAGGCCGACUGCACCUCCUGCCCCCCGCUGGCCUCCCUACAGAGCGGCUACUGCAGGACGAGCUGCGAGGAGGGGCUUUUCCUCCACCGCGUCACUGGAGAGUGUCUCAAGUGCAGCUCUGACUGUCUGCGCUGCGCGGCCGACCUGCAGACGGCCGCCGGCAGUGUCUGUCUGUGGUGCAGCGCGGCGAGGACCUGGCUGCUGGGCGACCACUGCGUCUCCGACUGUCCCCGGGGACACUACGGCUGGCACGGAGCCUGCAUCAGAUGCCAUCCGUCAUGUGACGCCUGCAGUGGCUCGGGGCCUCACGCCUGUACUUCCUGCACCGCCGACAGCCUCCUGCUGCCCUCGGGUCUCUGUGGUCCCAAAUGUACCCCUGGUUACUACGACAAUGGCCACAGGAUCUGUCAGGCGUGCGACGGACAGUGCCUGACGUGCGACAUGCCCGGAGUCUGUACGUCCUGCCGCGACCCGGCCAAGGUGCUGCUGUUCGGAGAAUGCCAGUACGACAGCUGCGCCCACCAGUACUACCUCAACACCACGACCCGGGCCUGCAGAGAGUGUGACUGGAGCUGUAACGCCUGUCGAGGCCCUCUGCGGACCGACUGCCUGCAGUGCAUGGAGGGACACGUGUUGCAGGACGGAGUGUGCACCCAGGGGUGCUCCGCUGGCUCCUAUCAGGACGGAGACAAAUGCCUCGGCUGUGAUGAUCACUGUGUGGAGUGUCGGGGUCCGGCUCAGUGCCAGCAGUGCCAGCCCCCCUACGCCGCCCUGCAGGGUCAGUGUGUGCUGGAAUGUGGCAGAAACCACUUCCUGGACGCCUCCUCUCAAAUCUGCAAACCUUGCUCCUCCGACUGCGUGCUGUGUGACGGCGUCGGACGCUGCGGCGCUUGUCGAGUCCAGACCUACCUGAUGGAGGGUUACUGCACCCCCGACUGUGGACGCGGAUUCUACGCCGACCAGAAGACCAGGACCUGCCACGUGAACAGCCAGCCCCCGGCCCUCCGGGUCAACGGGUCCCUGCUGGUCCCCAUCGGCGGCUUUGCCCCGCUGCCCCUCGCCCUGCUGCAGGCGACGGACCCCGACAGUCCGUCCGAGCGGCUGAUCUUCCAGCUCGUCCGGGGCCCCGCUAACGGCCGGCUGGUCCUGUUCAGAGGGGAGGGAGGAGGAGAGGAGGGAGGGAAGGCCGGCCGAGACCUGACCGGGGACGACACCUUCACCUGGGCAGAGCUGAGAUCCGGCCGGGUCCGGUUCAGACACCAAAAAGACAAAGCCAGGACUGGUGAGUUCUCCUUGCGUGUCGCUGACCCCCAGCUGUUUUCUCAACCAGAAACCAUUCAAGUUCAAGCCGUGUCAAUGCAGCCUCCGAGGGUCGUGACUCUCGCUCCUCUCCCCGUGGAGGGCCGCGGCGCCGUGGCCACCAUCACCAAGUCGGUCCUGCAGGUGGACGACCCCGACAACCCGGCCAACGUCCUGGUCAUGGUCCUGGAACCGCCCCGCCACGGCCGGCUGACACGUCUCAACGGCGACCGGGCCAUCGGCCGAUUCAAGCUGGAGGAGCUGUCGCGGGAACGGAUCCGGUACGUCCACGACGGCUCGGAGGGGACGGAGGACGGGACGGUGCUGCAGGUCAACGACGGCCACAGCUACAGGAACAUUCUCCUCCAGGUCCACAUCAAUCAGAAGGCCGCGGACUCUCCUCACACGCUGUCUGUGCCGGUGACCUGGGUGAAGGAAGGAGGCAUGGUGCGGCUGGAUAAAAAAUACCUGCAGGCCGACUACAGGGGAGUCAGCAGCGAUGACAUCGUCUACACCAUCGUGGUCUCAGAAGGACAACCUAAAUACGGUGAGGUGGUGCUGGUGUCCAUGCCAGCCGACGGCCCCGCAGAAGGCUGGCGCCCCUCGCUAACCGACGACCGAGGCUUCACGCCCACAACCUCCUUCACCCAGCAGGACGUCAACGACGGCACCGUCUGGUACCGACACUUUGGCGGCGGCAGCGACAGCGACUCCUUCCAGUUCCAGGUUUCCACAGAGGCAGCCGCGAUCCUACAGAACGAUGCCCAGACCUUCACCAUCGGAGUCCUGCCUCAGACCCCAGGAUUCCCCCAGCUGGCCCCCGACUGCGACCUGCAGGUCACGGCUCUGGAGGAUCGGGUGACAGAGAUAACGCCUACAGCUCUGUCCUUCAUCGACUCUGAGACUCCCAGUGACAAACUUAUCUACAACAUCACCAAACCGCUACCGCAGGGACAAGGUGCCAUCGAGCAUCUGGACCGACCGCACGCUCCGGUGAAACACUUCACUCAGGCCGACGUCAACAACGGCAAGCUCAUCUACAGACCACCGCAGGCCCCGUCACACCUGCAGGAGCUCUACCAGUACUCCUUCAUCGGUCUACCGGAGUCGCUGAGCGUCUAUUUCACAGUGUCGGACGGUGAACACACCACUCCUGAGCUGGACUUUGCCGUCCUGCUGCUGUCCAACCAUCAGCAGCCGCCGGUGUUUCAGGUUCUGGACCCGCUGCUGGAGGUCGGCCUGGGAGGACAGGCCUCCAUAGGCGGUCAGCAGCUGGCAGUGAGUGAUGCUGACACGGCUCCAGACGAGCUGGAGUUCGAGCUGGUGGAGGCUCCCGUCCACGGAGAGCUGGUGAAGACCGACGGCAACUCACACACUAGCAUGGCCAACGGCGACAUCUUCACCUUCAGCGACGUCACCCGCAACGUGCUGCUCUACCGGCACGCCGGCCUCAGCGACCGGGACGACACCAUCACCUUCUCCGUUAGCGACGGCAUCUCCAUGGCGACCACGGCGGUGCAGGUGGCGGUGCUGGGCGCCGGGGGCGACGGCCCCCGGCGGGACCUGGGGGCCACGCUGUCACUGGAGGUGGGCGAGAAGAGCAGCACCGUGAUCAGACGCUCACACCUGGCCUACACCGACAACACGUCCCCAGACGAGCAGAUCCAGAUCCAGUUGGUGUCGGUGCCGAUGUACGGCAUCCUGACCCGGAGCGAGUCGCAGCAGAAGCACCAGGAGCUGAGGGAGUACUCCUCCUUCACCAUGGAGGACGUCAGCGAGCACAGGAUCAGGUACGUCACCUCCUUAGAGACGGGCAGCCAGCCGGUCACCGACAUCUUCCACUUUGUCGUGUACGACGCCGACAACAACCGCCUUGACAACCAGAUGUGCACCAUCACCAUCUCCUCCGCGCCCAGACAGCCGCCGACGGUCACGGUCCGCAGCGGCAUCAAGGUCCAGGAAGGCGGGCGAGUGCUGCUGUCUACCAAUCACAUCAUCGUGUCGGACCUGGACACGCCCAGGAAGGACCUGCUGGUUUGGCUCGUCAGUCCGCCGAAGUACGGCUUCAUCGAAAACACCAACAGAGCAGGAGGCUCCGUUGGCGGCUCCGUUGGCGGCUCCGUUGGCGGCCCGCGGGUCGUCACCCCCGAUGUGCCGUUCUCCGUGGACGACCUGACGGCCGACCACAUCUUCUACGUCCAGGACGGCCAGCACAAAGCUCAGGCCAAACAGGACGUCUUCAGCUUCUACAUCAGCGACGGGAACAGCCAGACAGAGGCGUUCAACGUCGAAAUUGACAUCCAGCAGAGUCUGGAGGACAGGAAGCCCGUGGUGGCGGUCAGCAGCAUCCACGUGGAGGAAAACUCCGGAGUCGUCAUCACCAACUCGUCUCUCAGCGUCCACGACCAGGACACGCCGGAGAACGAGAUCCUCUUCACCAUCGUCAGGAAGCCGUCCUACGGCAAACUCCGCAGACGGCAGUUUUACUCUCAGCCGCUGGAGAACGGCCGGGUCCUCACGAAGGGCUCCACCUUCACCUACCAGGACGUCCUGGACCAGUUGCUGGUCUACACGCCCGAAACCGUCAGCGGGGGUGCGGACGAAAUGGAUUUCACCCUCACCGAUGGCAUCUACACUCACCUGGGCCGUCUGGAGUUCACCAUGGACGUCAGGAGGAGCGAAGGACCCCAGAUGACCGUCAACAGAGGCCUGCAGCUCCCGGCAGGAUCUUCGUCUAAGAUGACGGAGCAGAACCUGAAGGGUACGGACAUCGACUCGGACAGCCUGAAGCUCAGGUACGUGCUCACCAAAGACCCUCCGGCCGGAAAGAUCCAGCUCAGCAGGAGCGGGCGAGUGGAGAAGAUUUCUGUGAAAGGACCCGUUCAGAGCUUCACUCAGGACGACGUCAACAAAGGCCUGCUGCAGUACAGCCACGAGAAAGGGGAGAAGGGAGGCAGCCUGUCUUUCAAGUUCAACCUGGUUGAUCCAGAGGGCAACAAGCUGAUCGACCAGUCCUUCUUCAUCAGCGUGCUCGAGGACCGUCUUCCUCCGUCCGUGGUGGUGAACAAAGGCCUGGUGCUGGACGAGAACUCCGUGAAGAAGCUGACCACGCUGCAGCUGUCGGCCAACGACCAGGACAGCGAACCGGGCGAGCUCAUCUACCGCGUCACCAAGCAGACCAGCCUGGGUCACCUGGAGCACGCCGCCAGCCCAGGUACCAACACCCGACCUGUGUUCCAGCUUCUAGAGCUGAGAGUUACCUAUAUACUGGGUAUAUAUAUUAUUAUGCAUAAACAGGUGUUAUAUCAAACUGAUAUCAACCUGGGUCUGAUCCGCUACGUGCUGCAGCAGGACAACGUGCGGGACACCGUGGACAACUUCAAGUUCCUGGUCAAAGACAGCAAACCCAACGUGGUCAGCGACAACGUCUUCCACAUCCAGUGGUCUCUCAUCAGCUUCGAGCACAAAAGCUACAACGUGAGCGAGAAGGCCGGCACGGUGGCGGUGACGGUGAAGCGAACGGGUAACCUCAACCAAUACGCCAUCGUGCUCUGCCGCACCGAGCAGGGCGGCGCCACCUCCACCAGCAGCGUCGGGACCCGACCGGGCCAGCAGGACUACGUGGAGUACGCCGGACAGGUGCAGUUCGACGAGCGCGAGGACACCAAGGUGUGCACGGUGGUCAUCAAUGACGACAAGGUGUUCGAGGGGACCGAGAGCUUCCACGUGGAGCUGAGCAUGCCGGCGUACGCGCUGCUGGGCGGGAACACGCGCGCCCUCGUCAACAUCAACGACACCGAGGACGAGCCGACGCUGCAGUUCGAUAAGAAGACGUACCACGUCAACGAGAGCACGGGCUUCAUCCACGCGCCCAUCGAGAGAAAAGGCGACACCUCCAGCACCGUCUCUGCUCUCUGCUACACCGUGGCCAAGUCGGCUCAGGGCAGCAGCCUCCACGCUCUGGAGUCCGGCUCCGACUACAAGAGCCGCGGGAUGUCCGGCGACAACCGCGUGGUCCUCGGCCCCGGCGUCAGCAUGACCACCUGCGACGUCAAGCUCAUCGACGACAGCGAGUACGAGCUGUCCGAGGAGUUCGAGCUGGUGCUGUCGGACGCCUCGGACAACGCCCGCGUGGGGGACGUGACCUCGGCCAAGGUGGUCAUCGACGGGCCCAACGACGCGUCCACCGUCACUCUGGGGAACGCCACCUUCACCUUCAGUGAAGAUGCCGGAACAAUUGAAAUACCGGUGCUGCGUCAGGGCAGUGACCUGUCCUCCGUGACCUCUGUGUGGUGCGCCACCCGGCCCUCGGACCCCCCCUCCGCCAACCCCGGGGUCGACUACAUCCCCAGCUCCAAGAAGGUGGAGUUCAAACCUGGAAGAACCGAGGAGACCUGCAGUCUGACCAUCAUGGACGACGUCCAGAACCCGUCCAUCGAAGGAUCCGAGUCCUUUGUGGUGUUCCUCAGUUCUCCUCAGGGUGCCGUCCUCCAGGAGCCCUACGAAGCCAACGUGGUCAUCACCGACACCUUCCAGGACAUUCCCAGCAUGCAGUUUGAGAAGAGCGCCUACGCUGUGAAGGAGAGAGACGGCGUCCUGCACGUCCCCGUCAUCCGGACGGGUGACCUGUCCUUCAAGUCGUCGGCGCGUUGUUUCACUCGCACCAUGUCGGCCAUGGUGAUGGACGACUUCGAGGAGAGGAGGAACGCUGACGAGUCGCGCGUCACUUUCCUCAAAGGAGAGAAGGUGAAAAACUGCACCGUUGUCGUCAUUGAUGACUCUGUUUUUGAGCCCGAAGAGGAGUUCCAGGUGCAUCUUGGGACGCCGCUGGGUGACCACUGGAGUGGUGCCAUGGUGGGCGCCAGCGACAUCGUCACCGUCACCAUCACCAACGAUGAAGAUGCCCCCACCAUUGAGUUUGAGCAGGCGUCCUACCAGGUCAGAGAGCCUCCCGGUCCCGACGGCAUCGAGGUGCUCAACAUCAAGGUGAUCCGUGGGGGGGAUCUGGACCGGACCUCCAAGAUCCGCUGCAGCACCCGCGACGGGUCGGCCCAGUCCGGAAUCGACUACAAUCCCAAGAGCCGAGUGCUCAAAUUCCCCCCAGGGAUGGACCACAUCCUGUUCAAAGUGGAGGUCCUGUCCAAUGAGGACAGGGAGUGGCACGAGUCCUUCUCAUUGGUCCUCGGCCCCGACGACCCCGUGGAGGCCGUGCUCGGGGAGAUCACGACGGCAACGGUGACCAUUCUGGACCAGGAGGCUUCGGGCAGCCUCAUCCUCCCCGCCACGCCUAUUGUGGUCUCCCUCGCCGACUACGACCACGUCCAGGAGGUGACCAAGGAAGGCAGCAAGAAGACGCCGUCGCCAGGUUACCCUCUGGUGUGCGUGACCCCCUGUGACCCCCACUACCCAAAGUACCCCGUGAUGAAGGAGCGCUGCGACGAGGCCGGCAUCAACCAGACCCAGGUCCACUUCUCCUGGGAGGUGGCGGCACCCACCGACACCAGCGGCGCCCGGUCCCCCUUCGAGACGGUCACCGACACCACCCCGUAUACCAGCGUCAACCACAUGGUCCUGGACAGCAUCUAUUUCAGCCGCCGCUUCCACGUCCGCUGUGUCGCUCAGGCCAGAGAUAAGUCCGGUCACCUCGGGACGCCGCUGAGGAGCAACAUCGCCACCAUCGGCACAGAGGGCUCCAUCUGCCACACGCCCGUCACCACCGGAACCGCCAGGGGCUUCCAGGCUCAGUCCUUCAUCGCCACGCUGAAAUACCUGGACGUCAAGCACAAGGAGCACCCCAACCGUAUCCACAUCUCGGUGCAGAUCCCCCAUCAGGACGGCAUGCUCCCCCUGGUGUCCACCAUGCCGCUGCACAACCUGCACUUCCUGCUGUCAGAGUCCAUCUACAGGCAGCAGCACGUCUGCUCCAACCUGGUUACCCUCACGGAGCUGCAGGGUCUCUCCGAGGCGGGUUUCCUGGACGACUUGUCGUACGACAGCAUCUCUCUGGGGCCGGGGUACGACCGGCCCUACCAGUUCAACCCCAACGUCCGGGAGGCCAAGAGCAUCCAGCUCUACAAGCACCUCAACCUCAAGAGCUGCAUCUGGACCUUUGACGCCUACUACGACAUGACGGAGCUCAUCGACGUCUGCGGUGGCUCCGUCACCGCCGAUUUCCAGGUCCGGGACUCGGCUCAGUCCUUCCUGACGGUGCAGGUUCCUCUCUACGUGUCCUACAUCUACGUGACGGCGCCGCGGGGCUGGGCCUCUCUGGAGCAUCACACCGAGAUGGAGUUCUCCUUCUUCUACGACACCGUGCUGUGGAGGACGGGUAUCCAGACUGACAGCGUCCUCUCAGCCCGACUGCAGAUCAUCAGGAUCUACAUCCGAGAAGACGGACGACUGGUGAUCGAGUUCAAAACCCACGCCAAGUUCAGAGGUCAGUUUGUCCUUGAACACCACACUCUGCCGGGUCACAAGUCCCUCCUGAUGGCUCCGGACCACCUGGGGGGCGUGGAGUUCGACAUCCAGCUGCUGUGGAGCGCUCAGACCUUCGACUCCCCGUACCAGCUGUGGAGGGCCACCAGCUCCUACAGCAGGAAGGACUACUCUGGAGAGUACACCGUGUUCUUGGUCCCCUGCACCGUCCAGCCCACUCAGCCCUGGAUCGACCCCGGAGACAAACCUCUGUCCUGCACGGCUCACGCUCCAGAGAAGUUUCUGGUGCCGAUCGCCUUCCAGCAGACCAACCGGCCCGUCCCCGUGGUUUACUCCCUCAACACGGAGUUCCAGCUGUGCAACAACGAGAAGGUGUUCAUGAUGGACCCCGCCACCGCCGACGUCGCCAUGGCUGAGAUGGACUACAAGGGAGCGUUCUCCAUGGGUCAGACUAUGUACGGCAGGGUGCUGUGGAACCCCGAUCAGAACCUGAACGCAGCCUACAAGCUGCAGCUGGAGAAGGUGUACCUCUGCACCGGCAGGGACGGACACGUCCCCUUCUUUGACCCCACGGGGACGCUGUACAACGAGGGGCCGCAGUACGGCUGCAUCCAGCCCAACAAGCACCUCAAGCACCGCUUCCUGCUGCUGGAUCGUAAACAGCCGGACGUUUGUGACAACUUUUUCCACGAUGUUCCCUUCGAGGCUCACUUCGCCUCGGACGUCCCAGAGCUGCAGACCAUGGCAGCCAUGCCGGGCGUCGACGGCUUCACCAUGAAAGUCGACGCCCUCUACAAGGUGGAGGCGGGGCACCAGUGGUACCUGCAGGUGAUUUACGUCAUCAGUCCGGAGUCUCGCUCCAGCCCCAGGAUCCAGCGCUCGGUGACCCACCGGCUGAGCCGCCCGCGACGCGACCUGGUGGAUCGCAGCGGGCGCCUGACGCUGGACGAGUCUCUGAUCUACGACAACGAGGGCGACCAGGUGAAGAACGGCACCAACAUGAAGUCGCUGCGCCUGGAGGCCGGGCCCUCCGCCUCCUUCAACGCCCACGUGGGCGGCUCGGUGGGCGGGGGCGUGGCCGCCGUCACCCUGCUGGUGCUGGUGCUGCUGGCCGCCUGCCUGCUGCUCCGCCGCUGCCGCCGGGCAGCCAAGAAGAAGAAGAGCAAGAAGGCGGAGAAGGUGUACGAGGAGUACCCGCUCAACACCAAGGUGGAGGUGUGCCUGGACAAGUGCGUGGAGAAGAACUUCAGCACCAAACACUGCACCGUGAGGAACGUCAACGUGCUGAACCGCAACCAAGACGCCAACGGCAAGGCCAAGAUCAAACAGGUCAACCUGGAGGUGAAACUCCACAACAACCUCAGCGACGGCACCGAGGUCUGAGACACUGACGAGGAAGUGAAAGAGGAAAAGGUAUUUUCUAAAAGAAAGUUUGUACUUAAGGAACGAGAUGUUUUGUUCAUGUAUUUUUAUACCACUUUGAAAAAGGGAAGAGCGUGACGGCUGCGCGGCGUUUUGGGCUACCUCAGGAAUCAACAAACCACUCAGCUCCAUCGUGUAUCUCACCGUUCUACUUGACAUGUACAUCCUUUUAUUGCUUUCUGUUGGCACCGUGACGGGGACUGGUAGCUCAGACACUGGUGAUUGUUUGUUGGACAAAAAGAAAAACACUUCUCUGCUGUACGGAGUCGUUUCACUGCUACUUAAUGUCACUGCUGUGGAGUUGUAGCCAGUUUAGAAGUCACUCAUCGUGCUUCUAGCUCGGCUGCUUCUGACCGCGUGAGAGAGUUGAGCACAGACGGUGUGCUGCUGGCUGCUGAGUGCGUGAACAACAACACAAAUGAAUGAUACCUAUACAAGUGCAAUUAUGCCAUAACUUGUGUUAAAUCCUUCCCCUCAUGAGCAGGAAGCAUUAAAAAAACUAUUUCAAGCCUUACUUAGAGACAUCUGUACUGUCACGUUGAACCAACAGAUUCUUGUUUCAACACUAAUUACUUUAUUUUUUAUUUUGUCCGUACUGUUCUCUGAUAGCUGCCAAUAUUAAGUGCCAUGCAGUAUUUAUCCUCACAAACGAAUCAUCCAAAGUGUUUUAAUUUCUUCUCCAAGAGCGAUGAAAGAAAGUGGACAUGUUCCAUGUGAUUGUAAUGAACCAGACGCCGGAUAACAACCCCCCCGUCCACAUGACUGAAUGCUUUAGCCUUACUGCUGUUCUAAUGAGAAUAUUCACUUUUUAAAAUGAUGUAUUUUAUAAUAAUAAUGUGUGUCUACCUGCCUUCGUUCCGCCCAAAGACACAAAACCCCGCCCCUUUAUUUUCCUCUCAUUUUUGUAUUGUGACAUCACCCUCUUAUGUACUACGUUACGCUCAGCUACUGAUGUUAAGAGUUACAUUCAUGCUUUGAAGUGUGCGACACAGAGAGGCGUCGACUCGUCUUUCUCUUCGUUCGUCUCUCUGAUCCUCUCGUCUUCUUUCUACUGUGUGCCUAUCAAAACAACACGGGGACAGGAGACGUUAUGGGGAAUAACCAUAUAUUCUUUUGGUGCUAUCAUUGUGUGGAAAAUAACUACGAUGCUAUCAAACAUGAUGCCUGUAUUUGGUGCCUUUUUUUAGUAAUAAAAAAAUAAAUUGAAAACCCCACGAUUGUUUGUAUUUAAUGUUUAUUUGUGAUUUUUGAUUCUUUUCACUUAAUUUUGGGAGAAAAGAACAAAUAAAAACUGAAGAUGAAAAUAGACAAAUUAGUUGUUUUAAUUGUUUUUUUACUGCAGGAUUUGGUACAAAUAUUUGAACAUUUUGUGUCAUUUCAUGUUCUGUAAAUCUCAAACG